GCUAAGGCGCACGCGGAGCCCGCCGGAGGAGGCUUGGCCUGGCUUGGCGGCGGAUCCGCUGGAGGAGGAGGAGGUGGAGGUGAGACGGAGAACCUGCUGGAGUCAUGUGGCCCAUCUUCUGGGCGAGCAUACGAACCUAUGCUCCCUACGUCACCUUCCCCAUAGCCUUUGUGGUCGGGGUGGUGGGCUACAAUCUUGAGUGGUUCAUCCGGGGCAAGCCCCCUCCACAGACCCCCGAGGACGAGAAGAGCAUUUCGGAACGACGCGAGGACCGUAAGCUCCAAGAGAGCGUUGGGAAGGACCUUACCCAAGUGGUCAGCCUCAAGGAGAAGCUGGAAUUUGCUCCCAAAGCUGUUCUUAACCGUAACCGGCCGGAGAAGAAUUAGGGAACCUGGUUUGUUUCCUUGUUGGCCAGUUACAUUUUCUUUUAUUUGAGGCCUGAAUUCUUUGAUUUAGAAUGUUGGUUUCCUACCAUUGUUGAGCCUAUCAAGCCAUGCAAUGUAUUAUGUUUGCCAUUCUCACCAGGUUAAGCAGAUUUCUGCAACUGCGGGGAUCCCACCGAGAUGAGGAUGAACUUCACAAAUCUUGAUAUUUGGCGUUGGCUUCAGAAUCUCUGAUCUUCCAUAAAAGGUUGUUUAUCUAAUGGAACGGCCUCCAUACUUACGGCCGAAGCUCAGUUAAUGGACAUCCAAAAGAUUAAUUCACAUCCAAGGCAGGAUUUGAUUCUUAAAGGGAUUGUUGCAAAGUAUGUAGACCUCUUUUAAGGGAAGAUUUCUUCUUCAGAUAGCUUGGAGGCUUUUUGACUAUGGACAGGCGAAUGAAAAACAGUUCCUGUUUACGCUGGAAGCCUCAGCUCAAGGGGGCCACUGUGGACCAUAUUUGCACUCUCCAUUCUCAGGAAAUUGUGUAUUUUUUUCCCUGGAAAUUUAUGUUGGGGAAUUUGUGCUGGGUUUCUUCUUUUUU